AUGUCGACGAAAGCAGUCCUCGUCACGGGCUGCUCCGAUGGAGGCUUGGGGUCUGCUCUCUGUCUGGCCCUUCAGAACAAGGGCUACCGCGUCUUUGCGACCGCACGAAAUGUGGCAAAGAUGAGCGCGGUCGAAGCGGUAGGCAUUCAAUGUCUCGCGCUUGAAGUCACAUCGAACGAGUCGAUUAAAACAUGCGUUGCCGAGGUCAGCAAACUCACUGGAGGCACAUUGGACGUCCUGGUGAACAAUGCUGGACGCGACUAUAUGAUGCCUGUGCUCGAUAUCGACCUCGACCAAAUGCGUGCCACCUUUGAGACCAAUGUCUUCUCCUAUGUCGCCAUCACCCGGGCAUUCUUCCCCUUGCUUGUUCGGUCGACCCAGAAUCCGAUGAUUGUCAAUAAUACGUCGGUUAACUCCCUGCUCCCUCUGGCCUUCAAUAGAGGCUACAAUGCGUCCAAGGCAGCCGCGGCGAUGCUCUCGAGUCAGAUGCGAGUGGAGCUACACAACUUUGGGAUCAAAUUGGUGGAACUCAAGACAGGGGCGGUCAAAUCCAAUAUCUGGACCUUUGACCCCAACGACACCACACGACAAUUGCCGCCUAGCUCGGUCUACGAGUCGAAGAAGGAACUGUUAGAGAAAUCAGUCUUUCAGCAGGACUCCAAGAAUGCCAUGCCCGCGGACCAAUGGGCCGCCCAGGUGGUUAAGGACAUUACAAAGGCCAAUCCGCCGCCCAUUGUCUGGAAAGGGGGAAGUGCGUGGCUGGCCAGGGUGGCCUCACUACUUCCGACCGGCUGGACUGACGGCGAGUUCAGGAAGAUGUCUGAUCUUGAGGGAAUCACGGCGCACGCUGCGCAGCUGAUCAGAGAAAAGGAUAAGAUUUAG